CGCGAGAGUUGAGAGGCGGAAAAUGGCGCCGACAUGAAUGCGAACCCGCAUUGCCGAGAAAGUAGCCGCCUCCUGAGUUGGAGCCGCCGGAGCCGCAUGAACCAGAGAUCGAGCAGUCGAGGAUGGAGGAGGAACCGUCCGUGCCCAGCCCAGACUUGUUAGCCACUGCAGAGCCCAACUCCAGUGUGACCGACCAGGAGGUGGUGUCCCCAGUUGUGGCUGAGGCAACCACUUCUUCCUCCAUGGAGGAGCCAGACCCUAAUGGGACAGCCACACCCCCAGUUUGGGAACGUGGAGGGUUUGGAGGUACACAGCAGGGUGCCUCCCCAGCCCCAGACAGCUGCCAGACAGGCCCUGGACCCAGCCCUGUUUCGGGGACCAAUGAGGACCUGCGGCCUCCCAGGCGACGCCCACCACCAGGGAAACAAAUACCCUGCUCUAGCCCUGGCUGCUGCCUCAGUUUCCCCAGUGUUCGUGACCUGGCACAGCAUCUUCGUACCCACUGCCCGCCCACACAGUCCCUAGAAGGCAAGCUCUUCCUCUGCUCAGCCCUCAGCUGCACCGAGAGCUUCCCCAGCAUGCAGGAGCUGGUGGCGCACGGCAAGCUGCAUUACAAGCCUAAUCGCUACUUCAAGUGUGAGAACUGCCUCCUUCGCUUCCGCACCCACCGCUCACUCUUCAAGCAUCUGCAUGUUUGUGCAGAGCAUGCUCAGAGCCCAGCCCCACCACCACCCCCUGCCCUGGACAAAGAGCCACCUGCUCCCGAGCGUCCCCCGGAGUCCGACCCUUCUUCUGCGCCGGGCUUGCAAUUUCCGCUGCUCGAGCCCUUCACAACCCCACCCUCUGCCUCCACUGGACCCUUUCUACCGUACUUGAACCCCGCGCCUUUUGGCCUAAGUCCUCCACGCCUGCGCCCCUUCCUGGCUGCUGCUCCAGGGCCACCAACUUCCAGCACAGCUGUCUGGAAAAAGAGCCAAGGUGCGGGCGGCAGCCCCCGAAGACCUCAGGGUGGCUCCGAUGCGCCCUCAGGGCAUGCGGCCCCGAGCCGCAUCGUGUGGGAGCACACGCGCGGCCGCUACUCGUGCAUGCAGUGCAACUUCUCCACGGCCUCGCGGCCCGCCAUGACACUGCAUCUGCAGGAUCACCGCACCAGCGGCCCCGCAGCCCCUUCGCCUGGGCCGCCACGCCCCGACGCCCCGGCGGGUAAGGCGGAGGAAUACACGAGUGGAGAGGGCGGGGAACCAGAGGCUAAGGGCGAGGCCAAGGCUCAGGCGCUCCCUCCUCUGCCUCUACCAGACCCGACCCCGCUUGCAUCUAAAGUGUCACCGCUGCUGUCAGAGGGGGAACUUCCGGUUUUCUCACCUCUUUGAACCCCGCUGCUUUGGGAGUGGGCGGUGGGGUGUGGAGAUUUUUGUAAUUUUAAGGGGAACAAUAAAGAAGGCGCAAUGAGCCAGCC